UUGAACUUCGUAUCAAAAUCACACCUGUACCAACACACAUUUAUAUAUAUAUAGACAACCCUCUUCAUAGGUAAACAAUUCAACAUUGAAGGACUGAGUUUGUGUGGAUUUAAAUAAUAAGCAUUGCACACUUUCCCCCGGUUUGGCGUUCGGCCACAGGUAAACCCCCCGACCAGUAUGUGUAUUGUGUGUGUCCACAGGUAAAUUGUUCACAGUUUACUUCCUGAAUGGGAGAACGGUCCCAUAUUUAGUGGCGGUCCGCGAGCGGACAGACAUGCUUUUACAUCAGGGAUAUACCGUUUAUUAAUGUAAACACUUCCAAGAUGUCGGAGAACAACACACUACAUUCUGGAUGGUUGGAAAGAAUUACAAAGGACGUGAAGGGAAAAGAAAAACGAGAGCAACUUUGGUCAGUACUGAAGAGGAACAGAUAUGUAUUUUUCUUUACGGAUCAGUCGGAACACACGGGUGAAACGCACAUUGGAAAGCUGCCUAUAAAUGCUAACACGGUAUUUACGAGACGGGAAAAAGAAGAGAAGAAAUAUGGAGGCUAUGUGUUUACGAUAUUUGCGAGGGACAGGAAUAUGGAGUCGAACGUCAAGUUCAAGACAAACAAAAAAUCCGCGAUGGAACAAUGGCGAGGGUAUAUCUCCAUAGUAGCCAAGGAUUUGAUACCUCCCGACCUUGACCUUCCAACAGAUUGUAUUCAAGAAAUGGGUUUCAUCCGUGCGGAACUACGGCGGACCACAAAAGAACCGGAAGUUCAACGGAGCGUGCACACAAACUUCAGUAGGGACAGUGGCAUUCUGCAUGACUCUAUCAGUAGUGUAACUGUAACUACGGAACGCACUUCCGCUUCCGGUGGCUCCUCAGGAGGAAGUGGAACGAGCUCUGCCUAUAGUGAGGGAGGGAGAGGCAAGACAAUAAUAUUUCAGAGACACAAAUUCUCAAACAAUCCCAAUGGGGAUGACGUGUAUCCCAGCUGGUUCAUUUCCAACUGUUCCCGCGAGAAAGCGGUGGCCAUAUUCACAAAGGUCGGUACGAAGUAUGGGAAUACUUUGAUGAGGGAAAGUGCUCAAUCGGCGUCCCAGGGUACCUACGUCAUCAGCUACUGUUCUGGGAUUAAGGACAGAAUACCUGUGUGUGAUCACUUUAAGGUGCUUAGGACGUAUGCUGGAUUUAGAAUCGACGUUGACACAAAGCACGCGGAUAUGACAAAUCUGACUGACGUUAUGAUAUUUUUCAUCAAGUUAAAUGGUUCCGAUCGCACCCAAUCACUUACCACCAACGAUCUCAUCCUUCUCGGGCUCGAAGAUUCAGGAUACGCAACGUACUUGCCUGAAAAAGUAGCGGACCCAUCUCCACGGAAUCCCUCAGCUAUAUCACGUACGAACCAGGUCCGAGAAGAACGAGAAAGGAAAAAUUCGGAACCUCCGCCAGGUAACACAAAACGUCGUGAUUACGACUACGAACCCGCAGUUUCGGUACCAAGACCUAAAACUGUAACGGGUGCAACACUUCAAAACGAGAUGAGAAAGUUUAAAGGGGAACAAGCUCAGGCUAAAGAACCUGGCCGUAGUAGCAGACACUUGCACCAUGAAAUGACUGGUAGCCAUACUGUCGCCCCCAUGCGAAAGGGCGGUCGCACUGAACUGCCACCCCAUGUACGUGCAAGUAUGCCCGACCCGACGCGGAUUAAAAAAUCUUCCCAAACAGCAGCCUCAUGGCAAAAAGACUUCCAUGUUCAUCCUAAAGCCAGUCCGCCAAAACAAAGAGAGGAAACUCCACCACCACCUUGUGAAGCGACCCCUGUUUUAGGCUAUGAAAACGACAAGCCUGGUUUUGACAAAAUGACACCUGGACACACAAUGGACGCCCAUAGUCCUGAAAUACAGCCACCAAGUUAUAUGGCACCGGCUCCCCCACUUAUGGAGCCUUCCGACGUUAUACAGCCAUCAGUGGAUGCACCGGUGCUAAAAACUCAAGAAAUACCGUUGAAAUCUUCUGUAAUAUCAGGACAAACAAUGGAUGUUCAUAGCCCUGAAAUACCACCGCCUCACCAUAGGGCACCAACCCCUCCCCACAAUUCUGGAAAUGGCAUAAAGACCAAGGCACCUCCUUCAUUUAAAGCCCCAAAAAGCCCUCCGAAACGCAAUGAGACAACAGAGCCAUCAGUUCCAGCAGCUGGGAUUCCUGCUCCUCCCCCACCACCUCCCAUCAUAGGAUCUGCUGGGGUAAAACCCAUUAAGCCCUCUGACAAGAAACAUCAUGGUAUUUUGGUAACAGGAAGGAAAACGCGUUUAUCAAGUGCAGAUUACGAUGACGUAGUACACGAGUUUUCCAAUGCACGUCGACCAACCGCUCCUAAUAUUUGGGGAAUACCGGAUCAAAAUGCGAGGAAAAAACAGAUGAGAUCUCAGUCGGUACCAGAUCUGAAUCCUCUACUUAAGGGAGUCAGGUUGACCAGUCCAAAAGACAAACUUCAUGAAAUAGUGACUCCUUCCGUUAUUCGACGACAUCCGCCAAAGUCAGUCAUCCCAAAACAGAGUGUGAGUUUUGACAGCGGAAGUGAUAGGUCGGAAGUGAUAUCUAGUGAGCCCGAGGUUGACGGAUCUCAUCCCGGUGGCGUCGGAACACUGUCGAGGAGAUUUGGCCAAAUGCAGUUUCCCAAAAUGAAAAGCGCUACCCCCCAAACUUGUAUACCAGCCAAAUCAUCACCUAUACGCUCGUCACAACACUCAGGUCAACUGUACGUAAACCAAGAGAGGGAUGAAGAUGUUUAUAUCAAUGAUCAAAUGGAUGGCAUGUACGUGAAUGAAGCUGUAGGCGGUGGGAACAAUUUGUCUACGCCUAUUCAGUAUGUCAAUACAGUGCCAGUACCUACAGUUAAAGAAUCACCCAAUGUAUCAACGAGUGGUGUGGAUACUUCAGAAAAUUCAACAGUUGAAAAUUUGAAGAAAAAAUUGAAUUUAGAAAAGUUGAUUGGUGGCUCUCCUGGUAUGCUGAAACCACAAACACCUAAAGUGACCUCACCAGAGGUUCGAAAUAUUAGAGAUAUUCCCCUCCCAGCAAUACCUGUUGAGGAACCGGGACACAAGGGCGAACAGAUAUAUGAAUAUUUGGAUGACGGUUAGAUCUCUUGGGCACUAUACAUAAACGUGAUUUCAUAAAAGGUGUGUUUAAUUGAAACUACUCAUUUAAAAUAUAAUGGUGAUAGUCUGUGAUAUUUAUUGAGUUUAUUUGCUCAAGACAGGAUUCGAAUGCAACUCAAGAAGUAUCAGUAUUGAAAAAAAAAUACGUCUUUUCCGGAAAAAUCGCCACAGUUAUUUUUUGGUUUUGCCUCGUUACUUAGUGUACAAUAUGUCGUCAAAACAUAUGUAUACACAAUCUGAUCAAUUUUGUUUAAAGAAGCUACAUAUCCAACAAAACAAUCGGUUAAAAACAACAAUAGGUCAUUGUAUAUACAAUACCAAUUGUCUCACAAUAAAUUGAUCUUUUAUGUUUUCUCAUAAAUGUUAAACUAGUGUGAACAAUGACCCAUAAAAAGUGUAGUUUUAUUGAUUUGCAGUACUUGAUGUUUCGUGUUUCCUUAAAAUUGUAAAAAGGUAUGAUUUUUAAAGGAGUGGCUAUUUUUUCAAUUUUCAAAUCUCCAAGCAGAAAAAGAGUUGAAAUGUUAUAUGUACCAUUUGAAUAGUAUAGAAGUUCUGGUUCUUGCGUAGUGUACGAUUCGACGAUAGGGAGGUUCUUUGGAGGGUCAUCUGGUGUAUUUUAAUAUAUAUUACAAAAGCCUUCAUGAGAGAGGUACCGAUCGAUGGUGGGAGGUUCCCAUCGAUGACGUAUUUGUGCUUUGUCCUGACUGACGGCUCGUAUUUAGAAGGAUUGCAUCGCGUUUCAAAAUAGUCAAACCGUUUUAAACCGCAAGUUCUAUAAAAAGUUACGAUUUUCUAUGUGUAACAUUAUUUUGUUCCCUCUCAAACAGCUAAUUAACAUAUAAAUAUUUAACGGUGCAAUACCAUUGCGUUUUUUCAUGAAUCAAUCAUCAAAUAAAAAAAAGAACGAUCAAAAAGACACAAACUUAUAACUAUUUGCAUUUCUAGGCUUCAUUCCGGAUCAAAAACGGAGUGUUAUUUUCUUCGUUCUCUGUAUUUGUUCCGCUUGAUACAGACAUUCCGAUGUUUUUAACAACCACUGCAGUCAGGUUCCUUGGUGCGAUAGAAUGAUGUAGAAAAGGGUUUUGUGUCAAAUAAUUAUUAACUUGAUGUACAUUAGUGAUUUGACCAUUUAAAUGUGAUGUAUCAUAUAUAAAAUGUAAGCACACACCGUUUUGAUCAUGCUUAGACUUAUUAAUUCUGAUAUCAUUGUCUCUUUUUCUCUAACCUGAAAUGAGGGCGGAACUUGCUAAGUGCUGAAAGGGGUUUGGUCGGUUGGCGUCAGGAUCAAAAAUAGCAAGAGACCUUUAGCUAGCUAUGUAACAUGUGUAUAGCCCUAUGUACGUAUUCGGGUACACAAAGUAUAUUUAGCAUCUGUUUGUGACGUCAAUAUUCACGCGUUUUUGACGUCAAUAUUUAAACACUUUUGUGACGUCAAUAUUCACAAUGGUUUGUGACGUCAAUUUUCAAACUUUUGUGCCGUAUAUAUUUACACCUGUUUAUGACGUCAAUAUUUAAACAUGUUUGUGUCGUCAAUAUUCCCAAGUCUGUGACGUCACAAUUCACACAUGUUUGUAACGAGAAUAGGUCAUGACAUACUCAUAUUAUUUUUUUGUGUGAACCUAAGGGGUAUCAUUUUAAAGGUUAAAGGUUAUUACUCUUUACAUAGUACAGUGUGUUGACCUUAGAGGCAUCAUAUUAAAGGUUAAAGGUUAUAACCCUUUACAUAGUACAGGGUGUUGACAUUAGGGGUAUUAUACUAAAGGUUAAAGGUUAUAACCCUUUACAUAUUACAGGGUGUUGUCCUUAGGGGUAUCGUAUUAAAGGUUAAAGGUUAUAACCCUUUAUAUAUUACAGUCUGUUGACCUUUGGGGCAUUGUAUUAAAGGUUAAAGGUUAUAACCCUUUACAUAGUACAGGGUGUUGACAUUAGGGGUAUCGUAUUAAAGGUUAAAGGUUAUAACCCUUUAAAUAUUACAGUUUGUUGACCUUUGGGGCAUCGUAUGAAAGGUUAAAGGUUAUACUCCUUUACAAAGUACAGGGUGUUGACCUUAGGGGCAUCAUAUAAAAGUUUAAAGGUCGCUACCUUUACAUAGUACAGGGUGUUAACCUUGGGGUAUCGUAUUAAAGGUUAAAGGUUAUAAGCAAAGUAAACAUAUAUGCUUACCUCAUGGUUACGUCAGAAUAGUCUUUUAGAAGACAGGGUAUCGCCACAUUAUGUAUGUAUUGAUAGUUUAAUGUUCACAGUUAAGUUUAGAGGCUGUUAACAGACCAAAGAAUUGUGUUUAUAUCCGUACAGCCCACACGUGAUUCCUAUUUUGAUUUUCAAAAUUAUAUUUUUCACAUUAUUAAAUAUUUACAUUAAUGAUGAGGGUUCUAAGCAUAUACAAAGUAUUAGCCAUUCUUACUGCAAAGCAGUGAAGAAGUUUUAAUGCCGAUUUAUAUAUAUACCAAUAUACUUACAUAUUCAAAAUCACCAUUGUCUUCAGUAUUGCUGGAAUAUUUGAUAUAUUUUGAAAUAACUUGAUAUUCAUUGUGCUUUUUUCAUUAUUUUUCAUUUGAUAUUCAUUUUGUUUUCGUGUAUAUGACAAAGUCGAUAUCAAUGUUUAUAGCUGUCAAACAAUGCAAUACCCACCCAGAAAUAUAAUGUAACACUAUAUGUUAAAAUGUCCAAUAUUCUUAGGAGAUGUCUUCCACUUGAGACACUUUUUGUAAAUAUAUUUCUUUAAUUAUAUUAUCUAGUAUUCAAACAAAAUAUCUUGAGGUAAAUUUGACCUGAAUUUGACAUGGAAUUUUAUUUCAUGUCAAAUUCAGGUCAAUUUCAUGUCAAUUUCUUGACAUGAAGACAUUUUGCCUUUGUAAAUGUCACUAGUGUAAUAAACAGCGGAUUUUUUUUUUUCAUUGACUGCGCAUGUUAGAUAUAUAUUGUAAUGUAAGUUACAUGUGAUAUUUAAUGAUAAUUAGGGAGAGGGCUUAUAUAGAUAUUAGCCUGUUGUCAUAUAUCCAUUGAAUUAAAUCAGUAGAAUAUUUUUGAAAUGAAACGUAUGAUAUUGAGAAUUAGAUUAUGUAAUCAAUGAAAAUGGCCUUUACCCUUUAAAUUUUUAAGUUAAAACUUCUCGAAAUGUAAGUUUUAUUAGAAGAUAUGUGAUUGAAGUUUAAAGUUUUGCUCACCAUGUUUAGAAAAAACCCCAACAAAAAACAAAAAUAAAAACAAAAAACUUCUAAUGCACAUUUCUUAAAAUCUGCUAAGAGCGGAAACCUUAUUCCGCUUCUAUAUGUAUUCGUGUCUUUGUUAUGAAGUAUUUUUGUCUCAGCCAGUUACAAUUACAUAGAUUUCCUACGUUACUUUAUUAUUGAAUAUAUCGUUAUAUUGCCUAUGUUUAUGUCAUGUUAAUCCACGUCAUAUUUUAAUAAAAACGCUUAUUACAAAU